GCAUAGAUAUUUAUAUAAAAAAUGUUUACGUUACGUUAUGUAUAAAAACAAUGUAAAAAUGGAUUUUUAGUGUAUUAAAUUGCUAUCCACAUAAUUAUGUUCCUAUGAAAUAACUGCAAAGAAUUUAUCAUAACCGGGCGCGGCGGAAUAAACGAUGAAAUAAUAAUAAGUUAGUGUACUCUUAUACUAGUAAUAUUUUUAUGGAUUUUCCACAUAUUACACAUAUUAUGAAUUGAGUGGAACGUUUGACGUUUUUGGUCUAAUAUGGUAUCGCUGACUUAUUAUGCAAUUAUUAGCUGGGUUGUAUUUACCAACUCCAAUGACUUUUUAUGCUGUUAUUAUAUGUGAGACUGCUGUAGUGCUUUCAUCUCUUGUACCAUAUUAUGAGCAAAUAAAGAUAUUUGUUUUGAGCAGUUGCAACUGUUAACACGCGGGGAUCGAACGCGCAACACAUCGCGAUCAGUGAAGGUUUUGGCGGGGUGACCUCGACUAUUCGGCUAUUCGCCUAUCCGUGCAGUCAAAUAUUAUUAUUCUAAUAAUUCCAAGUUCUGGUUGCAAGCUCAGAAUUUUUCACCUUUCAGUGAUGGUUGAAAAAAAACCCUGUAACUAAAACUAGCUACCUAGAUCUUAAAAAAUAAAAAGAAGUUGGAUUGAACGAGCAACUAAUCAUACCUAUCUGUUUUAAAUUGUCUGUCCAUACGUAUACCUACUAAACAAUAAAAGUACAUUUAGAUGGAUAGACAUUGGAAACUAGAACUUCCUUCUGUACCCGUAUAUUCUAUCGAAGUUAAAAGAAAAACAAACCCACACUUGUAAAAAAGGAGGCAAACAACUGAAGUUCGGCAAGUUUACUGUCAGAUGGGGGUAGUGAUGUGUGAACGACGAAAACUGUCCCCCGGGGACGCCGGACGUGCAUUGCUGCGGUAGAUAAAUACAGGUACAAUAAUAAUAGAAUUUACUGUAAACAGGAUUUCGAUAAUAGGGAUACAUUGGGAUAUGAGGACAAAUGAUUAGGUUUUUGUUGUUUUAUGGAGUCUUGCACAGGACAUAUAAUUUAUUUUUGAGAUGCCCUGUUUCGAAAGUUGCUAUAGCUAAGCUCAUCGAAGAACUAGUCGCUUACUUAUUCACUUACUUACCUAUUUGGUAUGAUAUACUUGAAUUGCAAUUAGCAUUAGGCACUUGUAUUUUAAUUAAUGUAAGACGAAAUUUUUACCAAAGUUCACUAGGAACCUAAUUCCGUUUUCAGUAUCUCAUUAAUUAUUUUUCGACACGAUGUAAUCACAGCUUUAUUACCACGGAGGCUUGUCAACAGACCGACAUCGCAAACACGCGUAUACAAGAUAAUUAGUUUUAUGCAAAUAAGUUCAGAGGUCCGUGUAGGAGUGAUUUCUGUCAUCGACAUCUAGUUAAGCCGCUUAGAAGUUCCUAACAUGACCAGUUUUAUUAUAACUCUGUGGAUACUAUUUGGAAUACCUUCGAAUCUAGGUUGGACUGGUAUUUAGGUACAGGCAGCCUUUUUUUACACAAACGUGGUUUUUGUUCAAUAAAUUAAUAAGUAAUUAUUGAAAGAGCAUACCUAAGUCAAUUACUUUCCAUAAUUGUAUUAUCAAAAACCUUUAAUGCCAAGAACGAAACUUGCCUCUUCAAGAAACCGAUUAGUAGCAUGUUCUGUAAAGACAUAGGCGCACUACAGCCUAUUAUUUCAGCCUCUUGCAUUUUUAAAGUUGGUACUACAGCACUUUAAACGUUCGGUAUACCGGUCGGUUUCGGGAAAGGCUGUAAGCAACUGAUUGGCAUAUUGUUUCUGUUUCAUGAGUGAUUUCGGCCAGGAAAUUGAUUAACCAAUGUUUUUUAAAUAAAAUUUAUUACCUACCUACUUACUUAAUUGGUUUUCAGCUGUAGGUAUGUGCUGUUCAGUAAGAUGGCCGUGUAUGGCAGUUGUUUUUAGAUUUUUAAUAAUUUAAGGACUCUUUGUCUGAUUCUCUCAUUAACGACUGAGACUUGUUAUCGAUUUUUUACUGUUCUAUAUCUACUGACCUCGACAAAAGCGCUAAAAAUGCAGUUUGCUCAGAGAUUUCUGUAAUGGUGAACUAAGCUUUACACAAUUGACGUCAGGUUUAAAAUAACAUAGAUUAGAAGAUACAAAACAAAAGCGCUAGCAAAUUAGGGUCACGUACAAAAUCCAAAAACAAAACGUGUCAUUUUCCUGGUGGUUUCAGAAUCAUUCAAUUCAUAUGCUCAACGACACCUAGACUCAGGACAAUUUCGUGGAUCACACAGAUGCUUGUCCGACGCAGGGAUCGAAACCACGACACGUCGCACUCCGUGGGUUUGGCGUGGUGACCUUAACCACUCAGCUAUACGUGCAGUCAUUAUCUCUAAACAACACACAACAACUCUAACAGUAGCUGUGCGCGACUGUAUCUAUUGACUAUAAUAUUUACUUUUGGGACACCUCAUGUUUAAAGUAGAUGGGUAAUUUAUGAUCGAAAUACGUCAUAAUGACCCCUCUAUUUCCUCUUGAUUACCUUUCCGGUCAGCCGUGAUAAGUAAAAAGUAAAUGAAAUUACCAGUAGACACAAAUAGACCAAAAUAUUAUUUUGUAUAAUGUAGAAUUCUACGUAAACAAAUCGUUCUACAAAACCAACAGGGUUUAUCAAACCAUCCCUGAGACCUACCAGUAUACAUAUAUGGAAGCUUACGAAAAGGACUUCUGUCUCUUUUGGUGCACUGACACGAGAGUGGCCACGGCAAUCGGAACUAGAAAUGUUAAGAAAUUGUUUCCAAAGCAAAUUAAUGUUUGCUGCGAAGGUUAUGUCACAGACGAUGAAAUUGUUGGUAACGGACUCCACUGUAAACCAUAUUGUACGCCUACCUGCAGUAAUGGUUACUGCAAAUCUCCUGGAGUGUGUGCUUGUAACCCAGGGUACGUGCCCGACAUGUUUGAUCCAUACAACUGCAUACCUCUAUGCAUUAAGGGAUGCGACCACGGCACUUGUGUUGCACCAAAUACUUGCUCAUGUAACUCAGGGUACAAUCUGGUAAAUGAUAUUUGCGAGCCAGUGUGCGAUGAGCCCUGCUACAAUGGAACCUGCAUAGCGCCAAACACCUGCCAAUGCUACCCUGGAUACAAAAUGUCAGAUAACAAAACAUGUGAACCGUAUUGCUCUAGUUACACGGCUAGUGGUGAAUGCGUAAUCACUUUAACCUGUGUACCAGGCUGGACCAAGGUAAUAAAAGGCGCUGUUGAAGUGUGCGAGCCAUUGUGCACCGAGCUUUGCGAAAACGGUAUUUGUAUUGAACCAGAUAAAUGUGAGUGUUUAAAAGGAUACGUAAAAAUAGCAAGCAACCGUUGUGAUCCCGUCUGUUCGUCCGGGUGUCUUCAUGGCAGCUGUAUUGGUCCUGAAACUUGUGUUUGCGAUCCUGGGUGGUACAGAAAGGAGUCAAGUGGCGCAUGCCAAGCACACUGCGACUACAAAUGUGGGAAUGGAACAUGCAGUGGCCCGAAUGUUUGUGAGUGCUUUCCGGGGUUCAAACUUGAUGAAGGAGUUACUGAUCAAGUGGACACGGCGACUCCAAUGUGUGUCCCCGUUUGUGAUAGUUGUGAGGGUUCGUGUGUUGCUCCAGGAGUAUGUGUAUGUGAAUAUCCUCUAGAAACUGUGUUAGUCGCGGCGGAUGGUGGCCCGUGUAACUGUACGGAAAAUUGUUCUGAUGACGAGACCAAGUGUGAGAGAACAAUAUGUGUAGAGUCAACUACUGAACAUGUCAUUUCUACUGAGUCUACUACAGAUCAACGUUUUGAAGAGACAACAGUGUUACAUGAUGUUCUUAGUACGACUGAUAUUGUAAGCGUUACAACUGUUACCGAUAAUGCAGACUACGAGAGAUCAACAGAAGAAAAUGAGGGCAAUGAUUAUGAUGAAAUUAAGAUUGAGGAGGCAUCUUGGUCAAAACCUUACUGGUUCUACGCAAUCGGAUCGACACUUGUUUUGAUCAUGCUGAUAGUUGCUGCUGCUGCAUUGUAUAGGAAAAAGUAUUCUAAAGUGCUAGAUAGAAACCUAUCUACACAAUGUAAUGACGUAUCUACGGUGCAUUACAAAAAGAAAACCACCGCGUAAAUAUUCAGUGCCACUAGUACCUAUGUAUAUAUGUAGUUAGAGAGGGCCAUGUGAGAUACUUGGUUUAGAUUAGUUUUACCAAAAAUUUUAUACCAAAUAAACUUAUCUAUUAUUUCUGUGUCUGACACGUACAUAUUUUGAGAAUUUUCUUAUCGAAAUUAAGAGUAAAUUAUGUUAAAAACA